UACUUCUCCCAUCAUCUUCAGCAUGACUGAAGAUGAAUCCGUGUUGUAGGAAGAUGCUGUUAUCUACAAAGAAUUUCAGAGAAUAUGCAUUGUGUCGGAGUUUGAUUUAUGACUGUUUGGUAUCAUUUUCGAAUGCCGCUCAGUAACUCCAUUCAGCAUUUUAGUAAGAAACAGCAGAAAAAUCUAAUCAACAGCCGGGCCUUUGGGAGCUUGGUGUGCACUGAGCUGCACAGAAGCCCUGUGCUGAUGCUGUUGUUAUUGUUUUUAGCCCUUCAGUAAAUAAUAAACAGGCUAAAUGAAAGUGUCAUUGUUUUAAUAGGGAGCUAAGUCAGGCAUCACUGUUAUUAUUGCUCAGAGAUAUGAAGAACCCCUAGUAUUAAAAUUUAGUGCGUCUCUGGUCCUGCACUGUUCGUGCUACAGACAUGAAUGAUACAGUACCUCGAAUCAUUAUCAUAAUCAUUUUCACCUGGAGAUCUAAGCUUGCAUUAUAGAAGGGACCUGAUGCAUAUUUAGCCACCAGAAUAUAACCCCUCAGCAGUUUCUGGUUCGAAACCAGCAAGCUUUUAGGGUCGGUGUUUAGUCAGUUUUCCAGCCUGAAAUAAUAGUUUCCUUCAGAUUCGGCACCAGUUUUGGUGGAAAAACACCAGUAGAGAUUUAGACCACUAAGCAAACACCCACAGUAGCCUAGUUUACUUCAAAACAUAUAUGGUAACACUUUAGUAUAGGGACCAAUUCUCACCAUUAACUAGUUGCUUAUUACCAUGUUUAUUAUUAACAUAUUGGCUGUUUAUUAGUGCUUAUAAAGCACAUGUUCUGCAUGACCAUAUUCUACAUCCAUAAUCUUACCCAAUAACUAAACUUAAGAACUACCUUAUUAAUUAGUAAUAAGCCGCAAAUUGGGAGUUUAUUAUGGCAAAAGUCGUUGUUAAUGGUUUGUUAAUAUAACAUUAUCUUUUUUUUACAUUUUUUUAUUAAAAAUAGCUAACAUUUUCAUUGUUUUAAGCAUAAACAAUGUAAAAGUACAUUUAUUUAAUAAAUCGGAAGUAGCAACAAACUUUUUCUUCUGUAGUGUGAUAUACAUUUGAGUAAAAUGGAUUAUAAUAGACUUGGUUCUGUCCAUUGUUUAUUGACUGGAUGGAGGCAGAUAUGCAUGGAAACUUGCAGCCAGUUGUAAGAAUGGGAGUUUAUGUGGACUAAAUGAGAGUCCGGUAUAUGUCCCAUACAGGAAAGAUCCAGUUAUGGCAUUUUGACAAAAAAAUUACAAGGUCAAAAAAUGUUACAAAAUAAAACACAUGUACAGAUGAAAUGUUUCCAGUUAAAUCAAUAAAAUAUUAAAAAUACGGUAAAUCGAAAUGAAAUGAUUUUCCAUUUCAUGCUGACUGAAAAAACAAUAUGCUUCAGAAAAGAGAAAUAAAGGAGUAAGAAAAUUUUAAUUCAAACCAUUAUCUUGUUUUGCACUUAUUUUGCUUCCAGUUUAUAUCGUUUCAAAGAUAUUUAAGAAUAUUUUUUACUAAAAAACAAGACAAAAAUACUGAUUGUUAGCCGUUUUGCAGUGCAGCCACCCAGAACACCUUAUCAAUGGCAUAGCAACACAUUAAAAACCAUUUAGAACACCUUAGGUACUGCAUAGCAGCAACCUGCAACAAAGUUUUACAUAGGCAAGUUCUGUCAUGAAACUCUAGAUGGUACAGGCUGAGGGUCGUUAAUGCAGAUUGAUUAUAUUCAUAGCACUUAGCUGCUUGGCGCAAGCUGAUUGGUUCAUGUUGCAUACACAGCCAGUGAGCUUACUGCUUAACAUUUAAAUGGCUGGUUAUAGAGCAAUUCGCAGCGCAUGCACUUUCAGAGUUCCUCUGAAACCCUCCACCUCCCCAGCUCCACCUGUAUAGAGCUGCUACAGGUUAUUAUAUACACUACUUGUGCAGCAGCAGUCUUAAAUAAUCACAGCACCAUAUUGGCGUAUGUGUUGGCAGCAGCAAGUUUUUGUACUUGCGUUACAGAAGCAGCAAUAAUCUACAACAACAGCAGCAGCAUAGAAGAUCUAUUCUGCCAACACCAAAUACAGUAACAUUGUCAUAUCCAUUACCAUGCUAAAAUCAUCCGAGAGUUGUCAUGAUAGAAAUAUAUUUUCCACUGGAAAUAUAAAAUAUAGUUUUAUUGUUCAUUUCUUGUGAUGAGGGGAACAGCUUGUUUCAGUGUUGGGGAGAGUGGGUGAUUAUUUUGCUAGUGUGUGUGUGUGUGUGUCAAAAGGCACAGCUGCUGAUUUAAAAGGAAGUAUCAUGGUGUGUGACACUGUGACAGUGGGGAUGGUGCUCGAGAGAGAGAGAGAGAGAGAGAGAGAGAGAACAGCAGGUUAGUGGAAUCAGAGGCCUUCACUAAUCCCAUUAGCUGUGCACAAAUUGAUGCAUGGGAACGAGACGAGUGAGGAUGACUGCGUUAAUCCUACCUCACUGACACCGGGUCAGGAAAUGAAAGCUCAAGAGGUGUUUGGCACCUCAUGCAGUCUUUAAUUAAUAUCUCCAGCAGCAUUACCGUCACUGUAGCACUGCCUCGAGAAGACGAGCAGGACGUGCUCACUUUUACACGGGAAGUGCGGCUGACGGGCAGCUGGCUCGGCCAAUGGAGAAGCGCCAGGAUAGAAAGGAUGUAUUGUGCUGCAUUCUCUCGCAUCCCUCCCCCCACCGUCGUCUCCCUCCUGCUGCCGCUAAGGCCGGCCUCCGCUACUCUGGUAUCCUGGAUACGCUUCACAGCACCGCCAGCCGAUUGGCUGGGAAGGAUGAGAGGAAAAAAAACAGGAGCAAAAACAGAAGUCAAUUCAGGGAGAUGGAUGGAUGGUUUUUGCUAGAGCCGCUAAGCACAGAUGCAGCAACCAUUUCCGCCCCUCAGCUUUGCGUUUUGCAAAAGAGACGGUGAAAAGAGAUGGGAUUUCAAGUGCGUUAAUCAGAUCCAAGGGAAUUAACACGGCCGUGUGUUUAAGCAGAGCAGGAGGACGAGGGACGGGAACGAGGGGGAGGCAUCGAAGGGGAGCAUAGGAGAAAAACAGACAGGAAGGGGCACAAAAUAGCACAGAAGGAGAAGAAUACAUGGAGGCGGAGAGAUACAUCCACCCCUGCUCCUGACAUCAGCAGUGCGCGGGGAAAGAUCCGAGGGGAGUGAGGGACGAGGAGGAGGAAGAUAACGCGCACGCGAGAGAAAGAGAGAAAGAACGAGAAGGGAACGGAAAGGAAGUGAGCAGGUAACUGUGGACGUGGAGGCUCUUCCCCCUCCCCCUCACGUUUCACCGAGAACACUGAGCGGAUCCGGCCGGAAAACCGUGUGCCGUCGAGCGUUCGCGCACAGACCUCUAGGCGAGGGGGUUUCCGGCGCCAUGGCUCGCGGAGGCCAGCGAACGACGUCUCGGCAGGGCAUGGCUCACUUCCUGUUGCGGUGCAACCUCAGCCCGGAGGCCCAGAAGGUGGUGGUGUUCGUCAUCAUGAUGCUGCUGGUCAUCAUCAACGUAGUGCUGAUGUUCCUGCUGGCCUUCCAGUAGGGCGCAGCCGCAGUGAAGAGAAAGAGUGAGGGGAGGGGUGGAAGGGAAGACAAGGAGGAGGCGGAGGAGGAAGAGGAGGAGGAGGAGGAGGGAAAGUUGGUCCCUCUCGCUCACUCGUGGAUGGGUUUUCAGGAUGCAGACAUCACAGUGCAGCUGAUCAGUGAUGGCAGCGUGUGCGCGGAGGCUCUAUGGGACCACGUCACCAUGGACGACCAGGAGCUGGGCUUCAAAGCUGGAGACGUCAUCGAAGUAGUGGACGCCACAAACAAGGAGUGGUGGUGGGGCCGGGUGCUGGACAGCGAGGGCUGGUUCCCCGCCAGCUUUGUUCGGUUACGGGUGAACCAAGAUGAGCCCAUGGAGGAAUACUUAGCCCAUCUGGACGGGGCCUCGGAGGGGGGUGGGGCCAGCAUGGGGGGCCCCUUAGGGCCCGGUCUGCCCUGCAAGGAGCAAAUGCGAGCCAACGUCAUCAAUGAGAUCAUGAGCACAGAGAGGGAUUACAUCAAACACCUGAAGGACAUCUGUGAGGGCUAUAUAAAACAGUGUCGGAAGAGGACAGAUAUGUUUACUGAGGAGCAACUGCGCACUAUCUUUGGGAACAUCGAUGAGCUCUACCGUUUCCAGAAGAAGUUCCUCAAAGCCUUGGAGAAGAAAUUCAACAAAGACCAUCCUCACCUCAGCGAGAUUGGCUCCUGCUUCUUAGAGCACCAAACAAACUUUCAGAUCUACUCUGAAUAUUGCAACAACCACCCCAAUGCCUACGUGCAGCUCUCCAAACUGAUGAAGAUCAAGAAGUAUGUGUUCUUCUUUGAGGCCUGUCGUCUGCUCCAGAAGAUGAUCGACAUUUCGUUGGAUGGAUUCCUGCUUACUCCUGUUCAGAAGAUCUGCAAGUAUCCUCUGCAGCUGGCUGAACUGCUGAAGUAUACCAACCCACAGCACAGAGAUUAUAAGGAUGUGGAAGCUGCCUUAAAUGCAAUGAAGAAUGUGGCCAGACUGAUCAAUGAGAGAAAGAGGCGUCUGGAGAAUAUUGACAAAAUUGCUCAGUGGCAAAGCUCCAUAGAGGACUGGGAGGGUGAAGACAUCUUGAGCAGAAGCUCUGAUCUGAUUUUCUCAGGAGACCUGACCAAGAUCUCCCAGCCACAGGCCAAAGGCCAGCAGCGAAUGUUCUUUCUCUUUGACCACCAACUGGUUUUCUGUAAGAAGGAUCUGCUUCGGAGGGACAUCCUGUACUACAAGGGUCGGUUAGACAUGGAUCAGAUGCAAGUGGUGGAUGUAGAGGAUGGGAAGGAUAAGGACUUUAACGUGAGUGUGAAGAAUGCCUUGAAAUUAUGUUCUCCCGGGGGAGAGGAGGUCCACCUUCUGUGUGCCAAGAAACCCGAGCAGAAGCAGCGCUGGCUGCGGGCCUUUGCGGAUGAACGGGAACAGGUCCAGCACGACCUCGAAACAGGUUUUACGAUCACAGAGGUCCAGAAGAAGCAGGCCAUGUUGAAUGCAUCUAAAAGUCAUCCAACAGGGAAGCCCAAAGCAUUAGCUUUACAGCAUCUUUUGGCACUCAGAACUCCUUCACUUCUUCACCCAAAAACUUCCAAGUGCCUACGUUUUUCUGAACCUUCAGGACCUCUGGCUCCCAGGGCCACCUUAACUUCACCUCUCCUCCCUGAAGGCCCUCAGCGUAGGCAGGGGCGGGGGGUUAGGGUGCCCCCUGGGGUCCUGCGCAGGGCAAUAUCUUGGGUGUCCUCUCAAAGUAGAGAGCCGAUCGAGUAGUCCAGGGUAAUUCCACAGUGUGUUAGUGUGACUUAUCUGCUUAUUUAACUGAGGCUGGGUCAAAAUAUUGAUUUUCUGAUUAAUCAUGAUCGAUAUUUAAAUCAUCAUUUACCAAAGUUGGCCGUCUGAAUUGAAUAUGAUAAAAUUUCAGCUUUUUUGAGUUGUCCAAACAGGGUGCAUACAAUAACAUGCAGCAUGACUGGUGUAGUCUGAUUCACGAACAUAUUCAUGAACAAAAGACUCUUUUAUACCAGAGAUUUUAAGUAGUCCAAUUGGCUAACUAAUGAACCUUUUUAACCUUUUGGUUCUUUUUAGUGACUAUACAGAGUAAUCAGUGUAGUGUGAUUCACAAACAAAUUACUCUUUUUAAUUGGAUCUUUUUAGUGAAUCAAAGAAUUACAGCGCAACCAGUGUAGCCCAAUCCACAAACAAAUUAAUCUUAUAAAAUGGUUAUUUUUAGUGAAUCAACAUGCAGAGCGAACAAUAGAGUAUGAUUCACAAACAAAUGACUCUACUGAAUCAAAAACCCACAGCAGAACCAGUGUAGCCCAAUUCACAAACAAAUGAAUCUUUUAAAUUGGUUAUUUUUAGUGAAUCAACAUGCAGAACAAACUGAUUCAAUCUGAUUCAAAUGACUCUUGUGAGCCAGUUAUUUUUAAGAACGUUUGCCACUCUUUUAUGGGAGUUUAUAACUAAAAUAUGAGUUCAUAUUUUUACAAUAUUUUAAUGUUAAUUAUUAUAAAAAUAUAAAAAUAGCAGUUUUGCAUAAGAAAAUCAAUUUUAAGUGUUCACAUAGCAUUUUUUUAAUGAUUCGGUUAUUGUAUCUGGUAAAUAAACGGCAUGAUUUUUUGUAAUGCACAAGAUGUACAGCAUUAGCCGAGGUGGGAAUCACUUUCAUAUGAAUGAUCAAAUGGAACUGAAUCAGAAAAUCUGUAUCGAUACCCCAACCUUUUUUUUUAUAGUAACUGAUCUAGUUUCUGUAAUUCACUGGCAACCCAUCCUUCCCCUAUAAGUACACACUUAACCCAUUUACAGCAUAACAUUCAAUAAUAUCAGCAUACUCUAAACUGGUCUGACUCAAACACAGAACCAACGACCAAAACAUGCUCGUCUACUAAACCCAUGUGUAUAUCUGUGUCCCGUUCUCUAAUGAGCGAAAUCUCUCGGGUCCUGACCCUUUGUUUAUGUCCUCUUCC